UCCGCCCAUACGUGCCUCAGGCCAAUCCAGCCCGGAAGUUGCUGCCGCUGCAGGUGCUAGUAGCCGGAUGGUAUACCAGUGCAGCCCAACCGAUAUGAGCACAACCUCACGCACCGGCAGCUUCGAUGUGAAGAGUGACUUAUAUUGCGGACAAUUAUCUAGGAAGCAAGUGAAAGGAAAUUCAAGUAACCAUACAACAUCCAUUGGAAUGCCAAGACGGGCUCCUUUUCAAGAUAUUACAAAUGUGGUUGACUCACAUAGUUUAUCAAAGAUAAAACAAGCGCAAAAAUAUUCUUGGUUCAGCGGAUCAUCCAAUUACUGGGACGAAACGAUCAGUCAAUCCAUCUGGCAUAUCCAUACAGUCAACUACUCCUUCGGCUGGACACAUAACUCUACCAAUAGAUGCUUCCGAGCGUAAGCGUUAUCGUGAUCGGGAAAGAUACUCGCGGAUGACUGCAGAACAGCGUGCUGCCUACCUACAAAGAAACCGUGAGUACAAACGAAGAAGGAAAAAUCCCGUUGAAGUUAGUAAUAAUGUACAAUCUGGGAGUCAAACUUGUAACUGUACCAGUUUAAGCAUGCAAGCAACAACUCUCGCCAGUACAAGAACAGAAGGUACUGGUCAACAUAAGCGUAUAGCAGCAUUCCUGGACAAGGGCAGUGGACAUAAGAGAAGGAGACUGUCUAAUGGGGCAAGUUGUAGUACUACUGGAAAGGAAACACAUGAACAUGUUGUAGCCAAUGAGCAUGAAGACCAUGACAGCACCAUCUAUGUCCCAAAUGGUUGUUUUCCUGCUCUAGAAGAUGAAUCUGGGCAAUCCGAAUAUAUGACCGAGGAUGAUGAUGAAGAUGAUGAGAGUUACAUAUUCACCGGACAUGGAACUGAAUGCAUAUCAUCAUAUCAAGACCCAAACCAUGCAAAUUGUGGAAUACAAGAUGAUCCUUUUGAUCGUAUAUAUCGGAGUGUACCAAGUGGCCAUCAUGUUUUGGAGCCAGUACUUAACUGCACACAUUGCAAUGCAAAACGGUUCCAGUAUGAGAAUCCAACAUUUUGCUGCAUGGGUGGCAAGGUCAAGAUAGUAACUCCAACUGUUCCUGCUGAAAUGCGCCGACUAUACACAAGUCAAGAUCCUGAUGCGAAGUACUUUCAGGAUAAUAUCCGGUACUUCAAUUCUCACUUUGAUCUUGGAGAUAUUCAAGAUUUGUUAUAUUCCAUGGGAAAGGACAUCAAGACCUUUGAUCUUCCAAAUCUGUUGGAUGCUGAUGACCUAGAUAGCUUAGAGGCUAAAGAACUGACCGAAGAAAUGUCUAUUAAAGUUGCUAAAGAAGACCUGGAGCUGGAGGCAACUCUAAACAAUGAACAACAACUUGCUUUUGAUGAAAUAAUGGAUCACGUUUUGCACACGAAGGGUAAGGUCUUCUUCAUCGAUGGUCCAGGAGGUACAGGAAAGACGUACCUUUAUAAAGCUUUAUUGGCUAAAGUACGAUCCAUGGGGUUGAUAGCCAUUGCAACAGCAACAUCUGGCAUUGCAGCUUCUAUCAUGCCUGGUGGCCGGACUGCGCAUUCGAGAUUUAAAAUACCGAUCAAUGUUCAAGAGGAUAUUGUGUGCAACAUCAAUAAGCAGGGUGGGACAUCUGAAUUACUUCGAAGAGCAUCUUUGAUAAUUUGGGAUGAAGUCGCAUGA